AUGUAUGUGAAAUGCUUUGAUACAGUAAUGUUUUACUAUGUGAUUUUGGUGAUUUUAGUGAAUGUCACUUUUUGUCAUUUUCAAAUUUCCCGUCGUUCUGUCCCUGUACGUCCCGACGCUCGCAGGGGAUGGAACCCAGAUGACAGAUGCCGGCAUCUGCCGGAUUACAUUGCCGAGGACACUGCAGGAGGGACAUCGUGGGUGCGCAGGACAAGGUAAGUGAUCGAGGGAUCCCAGAGCAGCGUUGCAUGGUAAGCCCGAUAGUAGCUCGGAGUUACCGCUUGUGCUACACUCGGGAAUACCGCCAGGGAGGUUA